AUGAGCUUUCUUUUGAGGACUUUUAUGGUAUUAUCUUUUGUAAAAGAUGUUUAUUUAUCAUUAAUAAAUAUCUUAGAUGACAAUUUCAUACAGAGCGGUAAUUUUACUAUCUCAUAAACCAACACUAUAGUCAACAUUUAAUUCUCCUCACCUUUUAAUUCUACUCCAAAUAUUAUCACUUCACUUAAUUAUUUGGACACUUUAAACAAUUAGUUUGAAUUAGACUUUCAAAUUUUCAUUACAAAUCAAAGCUCAACUGGUUUUUAAGUUACACUCCAAGUUUCUUAUUUUUCUUCUUUAAAAUAAGCAAAUUACUCUUACAUAGCAACAACAGCAUCUAAUAUUUACUCAUUUAACACAAGUAAUUAAACAAUUUUAUUAGAUAACAGCUAAGACUAAAACUAUAACAUUUAUACUACAAAAAUACCUUAUUCUUAGUAAAACCUUCUCUCAAAUUCGAAAAUAAAAGUUUUAGUAGUUGGAUUUAUGACUGGAUUUUAUGUAGAUUAUUUAAAUAAUAUCUUAAGUGUUUCCUUUUAAAUAAGUUAGCCAACUGAUGAUCCUAAUAAUUUUUUAAUUAAUUUAAAAGAAGAUCUAUCAGCAGAUGGGUAACUUAAUGAAGUAAGAUAUAAUUAUUUUGAGUUUUAUUAUCAAGAAAAUAAUUCAAUAAUGAUUAAAACUUACUAAGAUCAAACUUAUGAAUUUAUUUCAAGUACAUCUAACUGCUUGUAUAAUAAUUUAAUAUCAACUAACUAUGCAAAUAAUUUGAGCCCGGUAUGUAAGUAAGGCUUGUGUUGUUAAGAACUUUCAGAAAAGUAUACUAGAGUUUAAACAAUACCUAUCCCUAUUAUUACUAUGCAAUCUAAUAAAUUAAAUUUUUAAAUAGGUUUUUCUAAAAUUUCAAGUGAUUUAAAUGUUUAAAAUGGGAGAUUGAUAAUCUCUGAUAUUUAUUUUAAUUAUUAUAAUGGCAGCUAUGGAAUGUAUAUAACUUAUAGAACUUGGUAUGGUUCAAAAAUAUUAGGAGUUACUUCUACUUUAAUUGAGUAUUAUAGUUUAUCUUGCACAACUGGAUAUUUUUAUUCAUUUGCUGUUUAAGAUUGUGUUUAGACUUGUGAAAGUUAAACUUAUCCAGAAUAAAACUCUUUAAAUACUAGUCUUUUACCUUCAUGUAACCCAUGUAAUUCGAGCUGUAUACAAUGCUAUGGUCCUCUAUCAACUAACUGUAAAAGCUGUCCAUCUUCUCUCCCUUUCUUUAUUGUAUAAAAUAAUUAAUGCCAAUCAAUAUAACCAGGUACAGGUUUUAUUUGUUAAAAAAGUUCAGAUAUAUCUUUGUCUUAUCAAUAUAAUUGUUAUUCUUGUGAUUCAACUUGUUUAACUUGUUCAGGAACUCUCCCAACUAAUUGCCUUAGUUGUUCUUAAUCUUUUCCUUAUUUUAUAACUUCUACUAAUUAGUGCCUUUCAUCUCCGAAUAGUGAUUUCUAAUGCUAGUAAAAUAAAACUACUCCUACUUAUCAAUUCAAUUGUUAAACUUGCAGUCCAAACUGUUAAACUUGUUUUGGUCCUUUAUCUAAUAAUUGUUAAAGCUGCAAUCCUAAUCUACCAUUUUUUAAUACCAAAACAAAUGAAUGUCUUCUUUAAGCUCCAGCUACAGGCUAUUAUUGUUAAAAUAUCAAUAGUACAUCUCCAUCAUACCAAUUAAAUUGUUAUCCUUGUGAUCCUAGUUGCUUUUAAUGCUCAGGACCUCUUUCUACAAAUUGUUUAAGUUGCACUACUUCUUUUCCUUUCUAUAAUAUAUCUACCAAUUCUUGCUUAGCAUCAGCUCCUAAUUAAGGUUAUUUUUGUAAAUAAAGCUCAAAAUCAAACUUUUCUUAUUAAUAAAAUUGCUCACCUUGCUAUUCGACUUGCCUCAAUUGCUCAGGUAGUCUCCAAAAUAAUUGCAUCAGUUGCACAAGUUAAUUUCCCUAUUUCAAUAUUUAAACUAGUUCUUGCCUUUCAAAUAUUCCAAGUUCAAACUUUUAUUGCAUUCAAAAUCUAACUAACCCCACUUAUUAGUUUAAUUGUAAUAAUUGUCAUAUAAAUUGUUUAAGCUGUUCAGGCCCAUAGUCUAAUAAUUGUUUGAGCUGUCCUCCUUCUCUACCAUUUUUUAAUACCAAAACUAAUGAAUGCCUAGUUUAAGCUCCAGCUUCAGGAUAUUAUUGCUAAAGUAACUCUAACACAUCGCUAUCAUAUCAAUAGGACUGCUAUCCUUGUGAUUAAAGCUGCUUGUAAUGCUCAGGUCCUAUUUCUACAAAUUGUUUAAAUUGCAAUACUAAUUACCCAUUUUAUAAUUUAUCAAAUAAUUCUUGCUCUGUUUAAGCACCUAAUUCAGGUUACUUUUGCACAAAAAGCUCAAAUAUCAAUUUGUCUUACUAAUAAAAUUGCUAGCCUUGUGAUUCUACUUGCUUAACUUGCUCAGGAACUCUCCCAACUAAUUGUAUUAGCUGCUCUAGUUCUUUUCCUUACUUUAAUACUUAAACUAAUUAAUGUCUUUCCUAAACACCAGGUUUUAAUUUUAAUUGCCAAAAAAACACCAAUUAUCCAACCUAUUAGUUUAAUUGCAAUUCCUGUAAUAGUAAUUGUUUAAGCUGUACAGGACCUUUACCUAAUAAUUGUUUAACUUGUCCAACUUCUCUACCUUAUUUUAAUACAUCCACUAAUGAAUGCUUUUCAUAAAUUCCGAACCCAGGAUAUUUUUGCUAAAAUAGUUCCAGUCCUUAACCAUCUUAUCAACAAAAUUUCUAUCCUUGUGAUGUAAGCUGUUAAAAUUGUGAAGGAUCUCUUACUACUGACUGUACAACAUGUUCGCAGUCAUAUCCUUAUUACAACACUCUUACAAAUACUUGUAUUUAGUAAGAACCUUCUGGUUUUACUUGUUAAUAAUCUUCUAGUAACUAUCCUUCAUACUAAUAAAAUUGCUAUCCUUGUAACGAUAUUAAUUGUCUUAUAUGCACAAAUGUUUUACCAAACUCCUGCAUAUAGUGCUAAUCAAAUACUUAUUUGUAUAAUAAUAGUUGCACAUUAACAAAACCUUCUCCAGCAUUUUGCGAUAGCAAUAAUAAUUGCCAAGCUUGCACUAUUUAAUUCUGUCUCAACUGUGAUUAAGGGCCUUAAACUUGUAGCUUAUGCCCCCCUUCAUUUUAUAUAGAUUCAAAUUCAAACUAAUGCAGAUGCCCUUAUGCUUCUUAUUUAGAUUCAAGCAAUAAUAAUUAUCAGUGUUUAUCAUGUCCAGCAAAUUGUGCCAAUUGUGUAAAUAGCACAACUUGCUAAUAAUGUGCUUCAAAUUCAUCACCAGACCCUUUAUAUCCUGGAAAUUGUAUUUUGAAUUGUUAAUCAGGAUAUUUUUUUGAUAGAUAAACACAAAGCUGUUAAUAGUGUGCUCCAACAUGCCUAACUUGCUUUGGAUCUAAAAAUAAUUGUAUGUCUUGUAAAACUGGUGCUUAAACUAUUUUUAAUUAAAUAAAUAAUAUAAAUGAAUGCGCUUGUAUAAAUUAAAAAGAUACAUUAAGCGAGCACAAUAUUCAUAAGCUGAUUAAAAAUGUGAGUGCUCUUAAUCAAACUAUUACUCUUCUAUUACAAAUAGUUGUAUCAAAUGUCCAUAAGAAAAUUGUUUGGAGUGUUUACCAGAUGGAUCUUAAUGCAUUUAAUGUAAAAGUGGAUUCUUAUAUGACAAUAAAUUAUAAACUUGUAGCUUUUGUAAAUAAGGUAAAUUUUCUGAUAAUGAAAAUAAAUGUAGCUAAAAUUGUAUUGAUUAAUGUGAAUUGUGUUCAGAUACCAGUUCAUGUUUUUAAUACUAUUCUAAUUCCACUUUUGUUGGGAACUAAUGCUAUUUUACAUGUAGUAAAUGUACAGGAAGUGAUAUAAAUCAAUGCUUAGAGUGUAGAUCAUCAACUAGAUCACUCGAUCAAUAAACAAAUAGUUGUAUCUGCUAGUCUUCAUUUAUAGAAACUAAUAAAGAGGAUUGCUAAUUUAAUCCUAGCUCAAAUAUUUUAUUUAAAAUAGCAAGUAUAGUUACAAAUAUUUAGUAUUUUAUUUACCUUCCAACUUUGUUUGUAAACCAUCAUCCUUUCUCUGAUUAUUUUUUGA